UUAAAUCUUGCAUUGAUCCAAUCCAACCAUUUCUAGUUUCAAGAAUCAAGAACAAUGGAGGCUUGUUGUCUUUCUUCAAAUUCCUUCACUAAAUCACUAGAAGUUGGCAUCCCUUCCAUCAAAUCAAGAAUCUUUUUGCAGCCCAAGAGAUCAUCUUCCAACUUUCACAUCAGGAAAGCUACCACAUGUUGUCAAUCUCAGUCAAAUUCACCAUCACGAUCAUCCAGAGACGAGGAAAACAUGUUUCUAGAUGCUGAUUGGCGGUCAUUCAGAGCAAGACUGGUGGCCGGAGAAAAAGCGUUUAGCUCACAAGAAUCUUCUCCAGCCACCGAUCCCAACAACAUGGUGAACCAGACACCAUCUGUUUCAAUAAGUGACAAAUGGGCUCAUGCAAUACAUGAGCCCGAAAAAGGUUGCUUACUAAUAGCAACUGAGAAACUAGAUGGGGUCCACAUAUUUGAAAGGACAGUGGUCCUUAUAUUAUCAAUGGGCCCGGUGGGCCCAACAGGCAUAAUACUCAAUCGGCCUUCACUUAUGUCAAUCAAGGAAACGAGAUCAACCGCACUAGAUGUGUCGGGGACAUUUGCCGACCGACCAUUGUUCUUUGGCGGGCCCCUCGAGGAAGGGUUGUUUUUGGUGAGAGGGGGUGAAGGGGUUAGAAAUAGUGGGGUGUUUGAUGAAGUAAUGAAUGGAUUAUAUUAUGGGACUAAAGAGAGUGUUGGGUGUGGAGUUGAGAUGGUGAAGAGAAAUGUGGUUGGUGUGGAUGAGUUUAGAUUCUUUGAUGGGUAUUGUGGGUGGGAGAAAGAGCAGUUGAGAGAUGAGAUAAGGGCUGGGUAUUGGUCUGUUGCUGCUUGUAGCCCAGAUGUAGUUGGGCUGGCAACUGCUGGAAGUGUUGGGCUUUGGGAAGAGGUUCUUGGGCUUAUGGGCCAGAAUAAAGUUUGGUGAUUUCUAGCCCAAGGCAACUCUUAAACUUUGGGUCUUUGUAAAUUAUUAUGUUGCAAAAUGAAUGUAUUGAUGCAUUAUAUCGUGCUAAUUCCUGACUGAAUGAAAUACUAAACCUCAUUUUACAUGUUUCUAUUAUUUUU